AUGUCCUCCAACAAGGUAUUCGUCAUCACAGGCGCGAACAGAGGCAUCGGUCUUGGCCUCACCCAGAAACUGCUUCAAAGACCCAACACUACAAUUAUUGCCUCGGUGCGCAACUCCGAGGCAGCCACAAGCCUCAGGGCAGAGACACAAAGUACCACAGUGGGCGAGAACAGCAAUCUUCAUAUAAUCGAACUGGACUUUUCAUCCGCCAUUGCCCCAGAGAAGAUCCGUCAGAUCUUCGAUGAGUCAACAAUCGAAGUCACCCACGUCGACGUUCUCAUCUGCAACGCCGCUGUCGUCGUUCCAUUGACUCCAGCCCUUUUCAUCACGGCUGAAGAUCUACGCACCUCCUUCGAAGUGAACGCAAUUGCCCCCCUUCUUUUAUUCCAAGCUCUCUGGCAAUACUUGCAGAAGUCGUCUGCGCCUCAAUACGUCGCUGUCUCGUCUUCAGUCGGCUCCAUUGCCGCCCAAGAGCCAUUCCCCGGGGGUAGUUACGGCGCCAGCAAGGCAGCGCUGAACUGGCUUACCAAAGCCAUCCACAUGCAGCAUGAGUCGGAUGGGUUGAUUGCCUACAGUUUGCACCCUGGCUGGGUACAGACCCGCGCUGGUCAUUAUUCGGCGAAGCAAUGGGACUAUCCCGGUGACCCGCCCAUGACUGUCGAGGAAAGUGUUACAGGAUCUCUUCAAGUCAUUGACAACGCUACGCGAGAGACUACCUCGGGCAAACUUUUCGCAUACAAUGGACAGGUCGUGCCUUGGUAG